AUGCCGGAGCGCAUCAUCAUCGACACCGACAUGUCCAUCGACGUGGACGAUGUGGGAGCGCUCUGCCUAGCGCACGCUCUCCAGGACCGCAACAAGGCGGAGAUCUUGGCGGUUACGCACAAUACCGGCCUCGAGCAGGGCGUCGGCGCUGUGUCGGUGAUCAACCACUACUUUGGCCGUGAUGACAUUCCAAUCGGAGCUUACCGCGGUCCUGUGCCAGACGCGCUCACUGUCUUGCGACAAGCGCUCUUCAACGCGCCGGGCCAUCGCACAGUGACGAUUGUUGCCAUCGGCCACGCGCUCAACGUCCUCGCCCUCCUAAAAUCGCCAGGCGGCUUGGACUUGGUCAAGCGCAAACUCACCUCGGACGCUCUCAGCCGCUGGCCGGUGGAGGUGCCUACCGUGUUCGUGAGCUUCGACAUCGGCUUCUGGGUGCGGGUCGGCGGCGUGCUCAAGACCGGAGCUCCCGUAAACAGCCCUUGCCGACAGGCCUUUGUCGACUUUUGCGGCGUCGUCGAUGAUUGGGCGAUAAGGGUACGCCUGGGCAUUCCUCGGUGGCGGCAGGAGGUGGAGCAGGCCGAGCGGCUCGAGGAACAUGACCAC